UAAGAGCGAAGAGAAUGUCGUCUCAUGGUAACAAUACCCCAUUCGCAAGGUUUCGUGAAAACGUGAGAACGCGGAAUUGGAAGGCAGUGAUUGAGGAGUAUGAGAACAACCGAGAGGCUCAGAAGCUGAAGCUGAACCAAGAGGGCGACACGGCGCUGCAUUGGGCUGUGAUGGACAAUCAAGAAGAAACAGUGAAAAAACUUGUGGAAAGCGUUAAGAAAGACGAAGAUAAUUGCAAGCAUAUUCUAGAGACUAGAAAUGAGAGGGGAAACAAUCCUCUCCACCUUGCCGCAAUGAUGGGGAGCGUGAAAAUGUGCCACGCCAUUGCUCAUGCCCAUGGGGAGUUGGUGGACGAGAGAAACGAAUUGGACGAAACGCCUCUGUACUUGGCGGCUGCGUGCGGCAACAAGAACGCCUUUUUUUGCCUUUACUGCUUUUGCGGAGAUGACUCAAACACAAUCAGAACCAACUGCAGAGUGAAGAACAUGGGAGACACCGUGCUACAUCAAGCCCUCAGAAACGACCAGUUUGAUUUGGCAUGUCAAUUAAUUAACAUACACGAGGAGGCUUCGAACUGGAGGAAUGAGGCAGGCUUCACCCCUCUCGAAGUUCUAGCCAGUAAGCCAACUUCCUUCAAAAGUGGAAGCCAGAUCGAAGGAUGGCGGCACAUCGUGUAUCACUGCUUAAUUGUGAAACCACUAAAGCCUCGAUCAAUUGAGAAGCUGAAGCAAAAGUUUAAUCCAAGUAAACCCAAAGCAAAAGAGGCAGCUCCUCCUUCCCCUGUUCCCCAGAGCAAAAGAUCAAUUGAGAAGCCGAAGCAAGAGUCGGAGCGAAGUAUGGAGAAAGCAAAAGAGGCAGCUCCUCCUUCCCCUGUUCCCCAGAGCAAAAGAUCAAUUGAGAAGCCGAAGCAAGAGUCGGAGCGAAGUAUGGAGAAAGCAAAAGAGACAGCUCCUCCUUCCCCUUUUCCGGUUAACUACCAGACAUGCAUCCACUUUUAUAGGGGGAUGAAGGACAUAAUUUUGAGAGUCUGGCAUUUCAAAUGCGACAACAAGAAUGACACGAACAAUGUUGGAGACGAGAAGAAGAACAAUACCAAAAAUGAUGGAGACAAGAGGACCGGAGACUUGGAAGAACAGAAGCCUCUGAACACUAAAUCAGCCAGAGAUCCCCCAACUACAAACUUCCCCGUAAACUACACCACAUGCAUCGAUUUUUUUCAUAUUGCUUUCUCGGCCAUCAUGAUCAUUUUUGGAUGCGGAACCAAUGAAAUCAAAAGGAUACGGAAGGAAAAAGAGAAGCACACUUGGGCGGUUCAAGUGAUGAACCAACUUCUUGAGUUGGUUAAAGACUAUAAAUAUGGAGAAGAUGGAAAAAGUCCCAUGGAUUUCAGAUUUCAGAACCAGAAAGAAGAAGAGAAAGAUACAGUUCCUUACGACUUUGUAGAUGAUGUGGUCGGAUUCCGUCAUUUGUUUGAGGAACCAAAACAAUUAGAGGUGCCCAAACAAUCGGGGAAGCCCAAAGAUGUGGAAGCAACCGAGUCGGCGAUGUUAUUAGCAGCAAAGAAUGGAGUGGUUGAGAUUGUGAAGGGAAUGUCCAGUCGUAUUCCGCUUGCUAUCUAUGAUACUAACAAAGAUAAGAAGAAUGUGGUGCUGUUGGCUGCGGAGUACAGGCAGCCGGAGGUGUACAGGUUUUUACUCAAGGAAAGAAAAAGGAUAGAAAGCCUGUUUCGAGCGGUGGAUCAUAAGGGCAACAGCGCCUUACAUCUCGCAGCAACCGCCAGAGAUCCAAAGCUUUGGCGCAUCACUGGAGAUGCAUUACGGUUGCAGUGGGAAGUUAAGUGGUAUAAAUACGUGAAGGAGUCUGUGCCACUCCAUGUGUUUCCCCACUGGAACAAGGAAGGAAAAACUGCAAAUGCACUCUUCCAGGAAACCCACGAGAAACUUGCGAAAAAGGGUGGAAAGUGGCUUUACGAUACCUCGGAUUCAUUCACUUUGGUGGCGACUCUGAUUGCAACAGUAGCUUUUGCAACCGCAGUAACCAUCCCAGGCGGCAACGACGAGAAUGGUGGUGCAAUACUUGGACAGGAGCUAGGGUUUUCAAUCUUCUCCUACUCUUCCCUAAUUGCUCUCUUCCUCUCUUCAACCUCAGUCAUCAUGUUUCUAGCCAUCAUGACCUCCAGGUUCAAUAUCAAAGACUUCGGGUUAGUGUUGCCCUGGAAAUUGCUGAUCGGCUUGUGCUGCCUCUACUUUUCCAUCAUCGCCAUGUUGGUUUCCUUCUGUUCGGGGCACUACUUUCUGAUCAGCAACCGUCUUCGCAACGAAGCCAUUCUGCUGUAUUCACUUACUUUCAUCCCAGUGGCAGUGAUCUUCGCUGUUGUGCAGCUUCCUCUCUACUUCGAUUUGAUGCACAGUAGUAAAGCAAACGAAGAACAUGAUGAUGAUGAUGAAAAUGGGUCAACAGAUAUGUCGGAAACAGACGACUAAAGCCGAAAAAACAACUUGAGGAGAGAUUGUUUGGAAGAAGUAAAAGCACUUGUGCUUUUUUGAAUUCUGUCUGUCGGAUCUAAACUAAUUCCAUUAAUAGCUCACAUAUCAUUUGUGUUUAAAUUUAUUAUUGAAUGAAGAGGAUUGGUGUUUUGAAUGAAUUUAUUGAUG